CGGUGCGCACUGUGUGAACGUGCCACCUGGGCCGGCCGUGUGCGCCCUAUCUGCCGCCGCGCGUGCUUUUUCUGUGUGACCUCGCGGCCGAGCUGCCACUACCGAGGCCGAAGCGAGGCCAGAAGGAUAGCGACGCAAACAACAUUACUGCAGUGUUAUAUCGGCACUUCUCUGCGAGUUUUUUCUGUGAGUUCGCUUUGUGCUGCACCCGUAUCUGCGAGUUCUGGCGGUUCUGCAUCGUUCUCGGUAGAGUUCUCUCCGUUCUGCGCCACUCGCCGGGCGCCGCGGUGACGGCUGAGCCGUUCGCCGGCACAGUUGUGCCGUGUUCGGACUCUCGACGACCGGUGACAAGUGUGCUAACCCGACCGGGGCGCCGACACGCCCGUCGAACGCGGCACUGCGCACGGCGCGCACUGACGGCUCGGCCCUGCGGCGGCGGCACCACUGCAGCGGAGCGGAGACGCGGCUCAACGGGCUCAACGAACGGUGUGACAUACCAACUCGGUUGACACGCACCAGCCAACACAAUGAGGCUACUUGGCGAUAAGAAGAAAAAGCAGUACGAGGCGAACCUGCGCCAGGGAGCUGUGGAGAGCGGCCUGAACCAGCAGGGACAGAAGCAGAAGAAAAAGGCCGAGAAUGGCUUCAAGCCGAUCGAUCCGACUCCCACCAGCCCGCCAGCCGAGAGGAGGGUGCAGUUCUGGUCCAUGUUCCUCAAGAACUGGCACGUCACCAUCACCUACUGCUUCGUUUUCUGGUCGUUCGGCAUGUGCGUGGCCUUCCUCGGACCCACGCUGGGGGAUCUCGGCUGUCAGACGGAGACGCCGUUCGCCACCAUGAGCUGGGUGUUCUUCGCUCAGGCUCUGUUCACACUGCUGGGCUCCAUUGUGGGCGGCGUACUCGUACAAAGAAUCAUGGACGGCAAGUCCAUGCUACCCGGUAUGUCCUGUCUGCCGUUCUGUUCCGGCUCCGCCCACUGGAGGACGUCGGCGCACGGCGCCAUGUUGGUGUCACUGCUGAUGCUGGCAGUCACGCUGGCCAUGGUGCCGCAGUGCUGGAGCCUCUCCAUGCUGGCACUGAACCUGGCCGCCAUGGGACUCUUCAUGGGUAUCAUCGACACCGUGGCCAAUCUCUGCAUGAUCCAGCUGUAUGGCUCCAAUGUGGCGCCCUUCCUGCAGGCGCUGCACUUUUUCUACGCGCUGGGGGCGUUCGCGUCUCCGAUGAUUAACGAGCCGUUCUUGCUGAAGAACCCGCACCACUGCUUCGCGCUCAUCGACGACAUUCUGCAGGCGCGCGGCAACUCAACCGAAAACGAGGCAGCCCUGCUCGAAAUUCUGCAGCACUCCAAGAUCCAGUACGGCUUCGAGAUCAUGGCGCUGCUCCAGAUCCCUGUGGCGAUCCUGGUCAUCACCGUGCUACUGCGGAAGCGCAAGGGCUCCAGCUCGGAGACGUACGAGAUUGAUGAGAGCGGCGGCCUGACGGUCCACCACGUGCCGUCUGAGGGCGUCAUCGACGACCACAACGCGGCCUCAACGCGCCAGGUGGCGCUGGUCACCAUCUGCGCCAUCGUGCUCUGCUUCAUGUACGACGGACUGCAGGGUGCCUACGGCGGCUACAUCUACAGCUACGCCCGGAAGAUGGUGUCGGAUCUGACGGCCACCGAGGGCGCCUACCUGACCUCCUGCUUCUGGGGCACAUUCGCCGUCGGCCGGCUGGUGUCCAUUGGCGUGGCCACCAAACUCUCACCGGCCUUCAUGAUCAUGUUCAACAUCGUGGGCUGCGGUAUGGCAGCACUGCUGAUGCUCAUCUGGCAGCACAGCCGCCUGGUGGUGUACGCCGGCACCUGUCUGUUCGGCCUCUCUCUGAGCAGUAUCUACCCCACCACCAUCUCGCUGGCUGAGACAUACAUCGACGUUAGCUCGGUGAUCACCAGUCUGAUUGUGGUCGGGGCAGCCGCCGGGGAGAUGGUCCAGCCCGUCGUGGUCGGACACGAGUUCGAGUCGGUGGGUCCAGUCAUGUUCCAGAUCAACGUGAUUCUGGUGGUCCUCAUCUCGAUCAUCGUCGUAUUUGUCCUGUUCGUCGUGGGUGCUUCGAUAAAGAACCAGGCUGGUCUAUUCCGUCUGUUCCGCUGCUGUAUGGGAUCCGGCAGUGACCCCGGCGAGGACACCGGUCUGAUGAGUCAACACGUCACCUACUACUCACGCAUGCCACAUGAGGUCAGCUCCAGUGAGCUGCACUUCAACCCCAACGGCAAGGGCAGCUAGGUCGGCCUCCCGGUCAGCUAGAUCGGCCACCAGGUCAGCUAGGGCGGCCUCUGGGUCAGCGGGGUCAGCCUCCGGUCAGCGGAGUUGGUCCGUCUUGCUGCUGUGGGGCAUCUGGGUGUGUGCCGCUCCAGAAAGAUGAUUUGGUGAGGUCGUGAGGCGCAGACCGGUUAUAUGAAGGUGGAGGUAUACCAGGACGGUCCGGCCGAGGUGUUAAGUGGAAGUGUGAAGCGAUGUCUUGCGGAAGUUACGAGUCUGUCGACCGAUAGGUGGCACUGGAUGAUUGGUUGUCAGCAUCGGGCAUUAGAGGAAGAUGAGAACGCGCUGAGAGAGCGACUAGAAAGCUCGAGGACUUAUUGCUGUUAUUUGUCGAACGCUGUGCGUCAAGUGUUUGUGUAAGAGACAGUGGAAAACCGAAGAGAGGACGUUAAGUUAUGAUGGAGGGCGGAGCACAAGCGCUGAUGUCGAUGGACUGCUGGUGAUUUCUCGGCGAGCCAGGGGCGUCCGUGGAUACUAUGUCGUGUGUGUAGGAGAGACAGAUGCGGCGAACACUACGGAGAGAGUGUGAUGUGUGAAACGAACUCUGGCGAAUGCAAGUGUCGAGUAUGAUAGAGGGCGUGUGUGGAGCUGAAUGAGCCGGCCGUAAGAGGCCCCGAGGUCCGUGUGGUCACCCUUUUGGGACACGACCGAGUGCACGACAGUACGCCAUUCAUUUACGGGAGGCUGUUGAAAUGUUACAGGACGGAUGUUGUUGUUCGGAUGUUUAUUAUCAUUUAUCGGGAAAGGGCUGUUCGUACACGUAGCUGCUGGGGUAUAUAGCCAUGAAAACUGUCUACGGAAUGGAAGCGUUACGACUGAUGGGGCUCCAGCAAUAGUUACGUUUUGUUAUAUAUUUCCUCCCACACUGGAAGCAUGCGCAUCAUCGCAUGAAAUGGUAAAUUGGAGAACCCUAGGGACUUUGUUUUCGAUCGCAGCCCCUUACGCGCUCAGAUGUGGACAGUGGAUGAGUCAUUUGGUUUGGUCAAGACAAUUCGGUUUUGUUUUUGUCCACAGGUUAUUGGAGCUGUGAGUGUAUUUAUGUGCCAUGACAGAUGUGGCAUACGAUUCAAAUGUUCGCUAGCGUAGAAUGGGUGUUCUCGUGUAUGUCUAUCUCUUGAAUUCUCCGACCUUUCCUCUCCAGUCCAUGUGCGUGAGUUUUUUUUUUUUUUAACACAUUUGGUAAUUAUUUUGAAAUUUAGAAUCAUAACUUUAUUUCAAUGAAUCUUAAAGCAAUUUAUACUUGUUCCACCAGUGCUUCCUAAAGAAUAGAGCCCUUUUCUCGCACGUACCGAACCAAAAUUGAGGCAUAUCAUUUUAUUCUAAAACGGCACGCGUUCGCUUUUCCCGACUACUCGAAGUUCGUAGCUGGUCCGGGCGCUGCGCCUUGGCACUUGGCGUGUACGAUUCCAGUGGGCUGCCAUGGUGUCUGGGUAGCGGUGCCGUGUUCAGCUGUCGAGUGUCUGCCCUUCCACGAUUCCCUGAUCCGUCGGUUUCCUGUGGCGGUAAUGAGAUAUGCCUCCCGAGCCGCUAAUCGCUCUCUGAACCGCGGGGGCACGGUCUCCGAGUCUUUAGCCGCGGGGCGUACGGUCCGGCUCCAGCCGCGUGGCUCGCCGUCCGGCCUCGGCCGAUCGGCUCUCGAUGGUCGGUCACCGUCUCACUACCGGCUACUGUUCUCCGUAAGACGUGUUGUCAGCUCGCUGUGACUGUGAAUGUCUCGUCGAUUUCAACAUUCUCGUCGAUAUCUAUGCCUCUGGCCACGUUUUGCGGUCGAGUUUCUCAGUCUUUAUCUAGAGCUGAAUUCUCCGUCUCUCGGCUGACUGCCGCCGUUCGAGCUUAGGAAUAGGGAUAGAUUUAGGAAAGGAGCGACUAGUUCGAAUUGUUCGAUGUGCUUUCAGGAACAACUAGACAGAACUGCACUCUUUAGGCUUCGGUCCGGUUUUGCCAACACUGCGCACAGUGUUUUUGCUACUCCAAAAACAACAUGUACCUAUUAUCAAUCUCACGGUUUUGACUUCUAUUCAUCUGUCGAACGGUUGUACUAUAUUUGUGUGUUCGUACUGUCCUUAUGGUGUUUGUAUGCAUGGAUGUUGUUUGAGUGCAGACUGCAGAGGCUGCAGAUAUUUAUUUAAUGGAAAAUGCUAGCAGAGACGUUGUUUGCUUCGGGUGAACGAAUAUGUAGUUGAACAAUGCUAUGUUUCGAUGUAGGCAUAUGUUAUCUGCGAUUGAAUGUGUUAUUUGUCGUUUCUUGCUCCUUUCUUUUGUGCAAUCAUCUGUUACCUAAUUUAUUGUCCGAACUCUCGUCUUUUUCUGACUGUUUUCUGUGUGUUGGGGAGUGACUGCUGUUUAAAUAUAGGAAUCAUACAUACAAGCGCAUAAUUAUGUCAUGUGAUAUAGGCUUAACUCUAAUGGUAGCGCCCUUGUAUAUGUUAUAAUAGAUGUGCUCAAAUGAUA